CAUCAUUUGUUUGGUAGAAAAGAAAAGAAAAUUAAAAAAGAAAAAACAAAAAAGAGAGAAGGUGGGUGGAAUCUUCAGGCUCUGUAAUUAACACCUAGCCAGCCAAGAAUCCUCCUUGCCUUCUCUCUCUCUCAUUAUUUAUUGUUUCUUUACUUUUUGGGUUUAUAUAUACAAUUUUCCACCAAUUUUGAUUCCAUUUUUGUCUCAAUUUUCCUUUCCUUUCCUUCUCCAUCUCUAAUAAUUUAAAAAUCCAUAGAUUCCUUUCUUUUCUUUUGAUUUCCUUCCCUCUUUUCUUUCGCUUUCCUUUUCCUUCUCCAUCCUCUUUAUUUUUCUCUUUCCUUUACAACACACACAAUCAUCAUUCAAAUUUCAUUUCUCCAUUUCUGAAAAUCAAAUCCUCUUGAUCAGCGCAUCUCAAAUCAGAUUUGAAAGGAAUUGAAGGAAGAGAAAUGGCGGAGGAGCACAGAUGCCAAGCACCUCGUCUCUGCGUAAACAACUGCGGAUUCUUUGGAAGUCCGGCGACUCAAAAUCUUUGCUCCAAAUGUUAUCGCGAUCUUCAGCUCAAAGAGCAGCAGUCCUCUAACGCCAAGCUUGUCUGGAACCAAACCCUAACCUCCGCCUCAUCGCCGUCAUCGUCUUCUUCCGCAUCAUCGACUGCUUCUGCUUUUAUUUCUAUUUCGUCUCCGGUGACCGUCGAUCUGCCUGAAGUAAGCAGUAAUCAGCCAUCAGCGGCGGCGGUGGAAGAUAAGGACGAGACACCGGUCGUGCGGCCAAACAGGUGCUCGACGUGCAGGAAGCGCGUGGGGCUCACGGGAUUUAAGUGCAGGUGCGAGAUGAUGUUUUGCGGGACGCACAGGUAUCCGGAACGGCAUAAUUGUACCUUUGAUUUCAAGGCUAUGGGCAAGGAGCAGAUUGCUAAGGCCAAUCCUCUUGUCAAGGCAGAGAAACUUGAAAAAAUAUGAGUUUUAGACGAAAAGAAAGGUUGAUUUUAUGUUUGCUGUAUGAUUUGGGAUUUAGGGGUUUGAUCUUGUCCGGCCGGCCGGCCGGCGGUGGGUUGGUUGUUGGAAUAUAAUUAUGUGGUGUAUGUAAAUUCACCGAUGAUUCUAAUUCUUUUUUUUUUUUCUUUUAAAAUAUAUUAAUAUUUGCUGUUA